AUGGGAGGCCCGGCAAGAUUCAGGCGUGAAGAUAACUCCGGCAUGUCCAUCGUGGAGAGAGUGUUCGGUCGGGAGGUUGAGCCAGCGCGCGAGCAAAUGGCGACCAGGAAGCUGACUGAAGGGGAAAGGGAGAUGUAUGGAUACAGAAUAGCCGGCAUGAUCGAUUUCUUCAGUUCAGAACAGAGCUUUCAUAGCGCUCUCACCUCGGACAUGCAGCAUCUCAAGCUCCCAAUGCCUCUCCAGAGCCUUGAAGCUUUCCUUCUCGACCUGACCAGCAAGGAGGGAGGGAGAGAAGAACAAGGGGCGGAAGAGGAUGCGCUCUUGGCAGAGCAGCGGAGGAGGAGUGACUGGGUCUGUGGAGGAUACGCCCAGCAAGCCCUGCUUCUCACCAUCCACCUUGAAGGGCUACAAGACUGCCCUCAAGCACUUGCACUCGAGCCAUGGCACCCCGUGAGCCGCCAUGCGCAGCUUCUUCCCGACGAUGAGCCGCCAUGGACCGUGUACACGCUGGACCUGGAGGGAACCGUGUCGGUGCAGGCGUACCUCACUCUGGACAGGCUGCUGCGGAACCUUGGGCCAGGGAACGGGAGCAACGGGACCGAUGCCAGCUGGGUCUUCGGGUGGACUUGCAGCACGAUGCUAUGGAAUCUCCUGUACAUGAAAGAGAGUCUUGACGACUUGAUGCUGAAGGACUUCGACUGGGAUAACGACUCCAUGAGGACCGUUCCGAGUCUAGCUACGGCACGGCGAACCAUCCAACAGGGAUCCGAGGGGUACCAGGCGUGUGGAAGGCUGCUCGCAGGGAACCCUUUCAGAUCUACUGAUUUCAGCCUCCUUCCCCCUCACCUGACGCAGCAGUGCCUGCGCAAGGAGUGGUGGUGGAAAGCUCGGAGCGGCAUAGGAGCUGCUAUAGAGUCCGUACUGCUAGCUGCUCUUGCCUUGUCAAGCUUGGCGGAAGACGACGAGGAUAGGUGUGAGGCCAUUGCGGGCCCGAGCGACGGAGAGGUCUUUGAGGAUGGUAGCCCAGAGAUCUUCUUCGCUGUCGGCGAGUGCUUCCGAGUGCCUGAGACGUACAACCAGGAGGUCAAGAUCACGAUUGAGCUCAGACCCAGCACGAGGGUGUACAACUUCAAUGUGCUCGCUCCCGACCUCCAGCGGGGCCAGGACCUGAGACUCCCUGUCGCCCUCCCAGACGCGAGCUACGAAGGAUUCGUCCGCAUCGCUCCUCCGUACAACCUUGCCCUGAGCCUGCGCUUCACGGUCGUGUCGAGCUCAAGGAAGCAGCUCAAGGUCGUGUUUCCUGUCCCCGGCUUCGCCUUCGGGUCGCUCUCAACCCCCUGGGUCCAGGUCCUCGUCACCGAUGACGCGCUGGCGUCGAAGGGGGUAAGGGAAGUGAACUAUUUCCUGCAGCUCUCAGUGAACGGCCGGCCGCCCAUGUCCAUCCCGAGCCCCAACGGCCGGCGGAUCGAGCUCGGGUCGGGCACGAGCAUCGGCGAGAACAGGAUCGAGCUUGAGGUCCUUGACAUCCUCAGGCGACCCCUCGGCCUCUCCACCUCCUUCACUCUCAACAUCUCCAGCAGCCCCGAAGACUCGUUCGCGUCUCCCCCCGGGUCCUUCAGCAGCGAGGAGCUGCACUGCGGCGGCGCCAGCGGCAGCUGCCGCUCCCCGGAGGACUGCUCGGGGCACGGGGAGUGCGGACGGGGAGGAUACUGCGAGUGUGGCGGGGACUGGGCGGGGUACAGGUGCGAGCACAACAUGCUGUUCUCCCCCAGCUUCCUCCCCGAGAGCGACCCCCUGCUGUCUGAGAGCAGAUGCCAUGGAGCAAGCAGCAGGCUCAAAGCCGUGGCUGACCUCCUGCAAAGCAUGGGGAAUGUUAUGAACCCUGGGGAGUGCCAGAACUUCGCGCUACUCCUCGCGCUGAACAAAUCAGCUGGAGCCAACGAGAGAGCUGAGGGUGCGACGAGUAAGAUGCAGGAGGGGCAGCAGCAGCAGCAGCAGCAGGGGGAGGAGGAAGCGGAGGAGGAGAAGGAGGAGGCUGCCCUGUCGCAUCUUCAUCCUGCUACCAGGAGGAGACUUAGGACGGUAGCAUCUGAUCUCCUCGACCUCCCGAUGUCUCGUCGCUCCUUCAACGGUAGCGAGCAGGAGGAGCUCGAGAAACUGAACGACUGGGACCUGGAGGGUCAAGUGCCGCAGGUUCUCCGUCCCCCAAAGAGCAUCGGGAAGACGGUUGGGGUCCUGUGGUGGAAUUCUUUCCUCACAGAGCAGAUCCUGAGGCCCAGCCGUUUCCUGGACGCCCACCUCCGCCAUGCACGAAACGCGGUCAACUUCCAGCACCCUAUCCUCGGCAUCCACGUGCGACACGGGGACGCCUGCAGUGACUGGAGUCGUCCGAGGGCAUGUAGAGGACUGUCGGAGUACGUGGAGGCGGCGGAGGAGAUGAGGAGGAGGUACGGCGUUACAAGGAUAUUCCUCGCCACAGACUCGGAGGAUGUGAAGCGAGAGUUCGAGCGCCUGCCCAACUUCUCCGUGACGAGCUUGCCCGGCCUUGACCGCCAGACGUUUCACUCGGACCUUUACAUCGAGUUUCGUGUCCAGAUGAAGAUCGUGGACAGGAAGACGGUCACCCACUCGUCCUUCCUUGACCUCUUCCUGCUGGCCCAGUGCGACUACUUCGUUGGGACCCUCAGCAGCGCCUUCAGCUCUGUCGUCCUGGAGCUGAGCAUAGCACGUGAGGGAGAGGUGGAGGGAGGGGGAACGAGGACGAUGCCACGGGGGCUAUGUACCAUGAUGUUAUGCACGAUGGUGGUGGUGGUGGUGGUGGUGGUGGUGGUGGUGGUGGUUGUGGUGAUGAUGAGAAAGGAUACUACCCUCCCUUCAUCUCCCUCGACAUUCCUUGGAGGCCUUUCCGUCCCUUCGAGCCUCAUCCUUACCUGA